AUGGACGCAAAAAAAGAAAGAAAGACGACUACUGAAAAAAUACUCAGAAAAAGUUGCAAUAAUUUUCUUCACGAGUACUUGUUGCAAAGAAAGAAUGACGCUUCUUUUGUAGAAAAUUCCCAGACUGAACAUAGUUGGUAUUUAGCUGAGUUAAAAGAACAGCGAAGGCUUAAUGUACAAAGCGCGGAAAUCGCCUUUAACACGUUCGAGGUAGACUUUCAACAAGCAAGAGUAUUCGCUGGUUAUUCUUGUGAUAAUCCGCUGGUUCAGUUGAAGACAUCUCAACAUAUUUGGAAGAGUGAUAAGAUAUCAGAAUGGAACGUCUAUAAAGUAAAAGAGAGCAUGAAUAUUCCUGAUAUCCAUGAACAGAAGGGGCAAUGCACCGAACCAAUUGCAGAAAACAAUCCGUUUUUUGAUAAUAAUAUUGAUGAUGAAUCACUGAAUUUGUGUGAUGAUAAUUCAAAUUGCGAAAUAUCUAAGGUAGAUUUGGACACAGAGAAGCAAAUAUCGCCAAGACAUUCCACUCCAUCACCACUAUCGUCACAGCCAGAAUUGGAUUUCGUAUCUAGGAACAAUCAUGAAUUAGACUCACUUUUAGAUAAUAGACAUGUUGACUGCCCAGCCAUUAUCAAUAAUCAUCUAUUUAAAGAAAAAUCACUGGAAUUAGCAAAUAAAGAAGAUUACUGCGGAAUAAUUGCAAUUAUCUUAAUACUAUAUAGAUCCUUAUCACACGUUCUCUUAUUGAAGCCUAAACAGCAUUGUCCGUUAAUGUUAGAGGUUUUUAGUGGAGAUUUAUUAGAAAUCAUACAUAAGGACAUAAUAAAGAGAUUUACCAAGCAAGAAUCGGAAUUUGACGAAAAAACAUUAAUAGAGCUUAUUCGAAUUAUCAAGCUCCUGCAACGAAAUGAGAUUGAUAGAGACAAAGCAGUUUCAGAACUGCAAAUUCUUGCAGUUGAUCGCUCUUAUGGGGAACGCGCAAUUCUGAAGGUAAUAAGAAACAUUAUCGAAAGAGUGUCAAGAAUCACAUUAAAAAGCCCUAUUGGAGAGGUGGAGCUUUAUACUACUUAUAUUGAUCCAAUUCUGUGUCCGCUUUUCAGCAACCCUAAUCAUGCUAUCUUGGGCUUGAACAAAGGGCACAGUGAAGCGAAAGUUCAAGAAGAGGCGAAUAACCUUUACCUCUUUUGCACUGAUCUCAUCCGGAUAGCGGUGUUUAAUAAGAACGCAAUUGAUUUUUAUAACAUGAAUUGUAUGCUCAGAUUUCAGGUCGUCGAAGUUAGUCACGUUGAUGCGCCUAUGUCACUUAAAGAGGUUCCUACCUUCCUCACCAGUCUUGAUACGCUUCUCAUCAUAUCUAAUACAUUUUGGGAUAAUUGUAUUAUUUCUACCGAAAAUAAAGAACCAAGCAGGCGAAGCACUCUUGAAACACCAAGUUUUAAAGAAAUGGUUUCAAAGAAAGCAUUGAAGAAACGGUAUGAUCAUUAUAGAUCAUUAAAUCAUGGUGAUCAGUCAUUAGUUGCCGAUGACGUACAGAAACGCUUCCAAAAGACAUUUCAAAAGAAGCUCUUUGAAAAAGAAACUGAAAG